AUGUCUUGCCUUGCUUCUAAUAUAGGAAACCAUCUUAAUGUUCGUUUGGUUAAUGGACCGAACAAUGCUUCAGGUCGAGUCGAGGUUCAGUACAACGCCAGCUUUACUUGGGGGACAGUAUGUGAUGAUGGAUGGGAUUUGAACGACGCCACUGUUGUUUGCAGAAUGCUAGGGUUCUUCAAAGCAUCAAGUGCACCAGUCAUGGCUGAAUAUGGUCCGGGUUUUGGACAUAUUUUUCUUGAUGAGGUUGAAUGUACUGGAUCAGAAAACAGCCUUGAAGACUGCAUCAAAAGUAAAUUUGGAGUUCAUGACUGCACUCAUUCCGAGGACGCUGGGGUCAUCUGUGAAGAUUCAGAACCAGAUGACUUUGACACAUCGAGCUCGAGUGCAAUUGACAUAGAUUUGCCAGCUAUCCAACCUGAUAUUAUGAUCCCGAGUACCCGAAACAUUGGAAACCAUCUUAAUGUUCGUUUGGUUAAUGGACCGAACAAUGCUUCAGGUCGAGUCGAGGUUCAGUACAACGCCAGCUUUACUUGGGGGACAGUAUGUGAUGAUGGAUGGGAUUUGAACGACGCCAAUGUCGUUUGCAGAAUGCUAGGGUUCUUCAGAGCAUCAAGUGCACCAGUCAUGGCUGCAUAUGGUGCGGGUUAUGGAGAGAUUCAUCUUGAUGAGGUUGAAUGUACUGGAUCAGAAAACAGCCUUGAAGACUGCAUAAGAAGUGAAUAUGGAGAUCAUGACUGCACUCAUUUCGAGGACGCUGCGGUCAUCUGUGAAGUCAGCGACUAAGAUGACAUCUCAUUAACAGAGAGGGAGAGAGACAUGAUGACUAUUAGGGACCCUACUCGAUCUGUAUUCCUCUUUCAACGACUGGAAGUGUAAUGACACACUCAGGACAUGCUGAAAGCCGAAAACAAACUGACAGACUUUCAAUAUCUAAAUGCUGAUAUAAACCUUUCAUUCAUACAGGAAUGGGCCAACCAUUUGUCAAAACAAAACAACACAAAUAGUUUUCUUCCUCCCUCAUCUCAGUGAACAUAUUUCCGUUUUUUCCUUGGGGUAUUUUUUCAGAUUCCUGGCGAUAUAAUAGAACAAACCGCUUCAUUCAAAUAGAAAUAAGAUCCCAUUUGGUCUUGGACUAGAAGACAUCAAUCACCGACUGUCUGCUUGGCAAUCCAGAUGAUCUCUGAACUUUAUCUUGACUUUAUAUCAGUUAACUUUAUUUUAGUUAAGAAAGUGAUAUGUUUGUGAUUGUAAUAUGUACAGCGCCAUUAGCGUCAGAGCCUGGCGGAUACCGACGCUAUAUAAAUACCCAUAUUAUUAUUAUUAUUAUUAUUAUUCCUGACCAAGUGCGUAUUUUCAAAACCAUUCGGUCGUACCACUCAAUCCUUUCCAGACUUAUCAGCUUAAUUAUUUCCUCUUAAAUCAUAUAAUAUUUACAUAUUUAAUAAUAUAAUGUUCGAUUUAAUACACAAAUUUUUAAAACCUGACAGAAGGAACCAUGAUGUUAAAUAUAGCCCUUGUUUUUUCUCUUAAUAAUUAUGUGAUUAUCACAGUUUGAACAUAAAUUACUGUUGUAUGUAUCAUGAAUAAUAAUAUUAGUGUAUACACAGGGAUUACAUUAACUGAAAAUGCCCCCCCCCCCUUCAAGAAGGCUAUACUUAAUAUAUAUACCAUGAUUAUGCUCACACAGUUCGUAUGAAAUAAACCAUUAAACAAUAAUCGUAAAAUUCCAUUCUGACUGAUUUUAGAUUUUUAUCUAAAUCUGUAUUUUUAAAAGUAAGUACAUUGUAAGUCUUCCGUAUAAAUGCCUUUAGUCAAAGAAGGAUUACCGUUUUCAUGAGCAUUGUCAAUAUUCAGCAGCUGAACAUAAGCACUCCUGAUGUAUUGGACCACGACCAACUCCUACAGUCAGUACUAAAGGGACUUUGUUUUGGAUUUUGGACGUUUAUUUUCAUCACAUAAUCUCUAUUGGAUUGUCCUAUUACAUUCCCAUUCUUUCCUACGCUCAUCCAGUUUAUCAACGCGAGUUUCUUAAAUCUAUUUUUUAGUUCCUUUUGUAGUAACGAACUGUUAAUUUAAUUAAUCAUUAUCAUUUGAGGUGUUCACACUUGUACAAUU